UUAUUAAUUCAAUUAAAAAUUAAUGAACCAAGUGAUUUAAGGUUUGAAUGGAUACCAUACAAUCAGUUUAAUAAAAUUAGGAAUACAGGCAAAGGUCAUUUUGUUACAGUAUGUUCAGCAAUAUGGUAAUAUGAAGUUACUUUAUUAUGUUAUAACGACUCACAAAAACUUCUAGUUAAGGUUAAAGAAUUUGAUAGUAGCUUCAAAAUAUAUGGAUUAUCUCAAAAUUCAGAUAAAAAAGAUUACAUUUUAGUUCUUCAAAAAGAAUAUUGUUUGGAAUAUGGUAAAAAAUACUGUAAAAAUUGUGGAGUAAAAUUUACUCAAAUAAAAUAUUUGUGGUGUAAACUAUGUCAAAUAAAUAAUUUUAUAAAAUGGACAAAUUGAAAUGAAAAAUUUAUUAAUUUAAUUCAAGAAAUGCAAUUAAGGAUAGAUUCUUGUUUUAAUAUAGUAUUUGAAUGGAUACCAUAUGAUCAAUUCAAUUACAUUAAGGAAAUAGGUAAAGGUGGAUUUGCUGUAGUAUAUUCAGCAAUAUGGAAAGAUGGUCCAUUAAAAUAUGAUAUUGAUAAGAAAACGUAUACAAGAGUUUCAAACAAAAAAAUUGCUUUAAAAUGUCUGAAUAAUUCAUCAAAUUUAAUUGAUAAAUUCUUAAAUGAGGUUAAAGAAUAUUCAAUUAAUAAAAAGAGUGAUAUUCUUAAUGUAUAUGGAAUAUCUCAAAAUCCAGAUACAAACAAUUUUAUCAUAGUUCUUGAAUAUGCAGAAGGUGGAAGUUUUAAUAAUUGGAUAAAUAAUAAUUAUAAAUAUUUUGAUUGGAAAAAUAAAAUACAAACACUACUAUAUAUCAUUGAAGGUCUUAAUGGGAUUCAUCAAAAUAAGAAGGUUCAUCAUGAUUUACAUCCAGGGAAUAUAUUAUUUUUAACAAAAAGUUUAAAUACUUUUAAUAGAAAAUCAUUAUUUAUAUCUGAUAUGGGAUUAUGUGAAGACGUAAAUAAUACAAGUGAGGUACAAUCUUAUGGAGUUAUUUCUUAUAUGGCUCCUGAGGUGUUAAGAAAUGAAGCUUAUACCCAAGCAGCAGAUGUAUAUAGCUUUGGUAUGAUUAUGUAUUUCACAGCAACUGGAAAACAACCUUUUGUCAAUCGUGCACAUGAUUAUCAUCUAAUAUUAGAAAUAUGUGAAGGAAUUAGACCUGAAAUAAGUGAGUUGGAAGUGCCAAAAUGUUAUGUUGACUUAAUGAAAAGAUGUUGGGAUUCAAAUCCAGAUAAUAGACCAAAUACUACGGAAAUACAUGAAUUAAUUGAGUCAUUUUUUAAUUUCUAUAAUUUAUAUAAAAAAGGUGAUUCAAAUGCAAUAGAAAUUAGAAAGCAAUUUAUAGAAGCAGAAAUUUACAGAAAAUCACACCUUUCAGAUUCUUUUAAAAAAAUCAAACAUCCACAAGCAAUUUAUACAUCUCAAUUAGUACCCAAUUUUUUUACAGAAGAUUUUCUAAAAUCUGAAUAUUUAAGUUGCGCAAUCCUUGAUAAAUGAUAAUAUAUUCAGAUUAACUUUCAAAUAUCUUCAAUACAUCAAUUAGAUUUUCCAAACUCUUUAAUAUCUUACUAUGGAAAACUUAAAAUGCAGACAGAUAUAUAUAUGAUUGUAAUAUUUUGUCCUUA